AUGCAAGUUAACGAUUGUAUUUUAUAUCAGUUCUAUCAGGCCUUGCGCCGCGGUCUGUCAGAUCAAUUGAAAUCAAUUUUCGAAGAACUCGCAGACAGUUUACCAGCUUGCAUAACACUCGCGGAGAAUGAGGAUAGUUUACAUGAAGCUGUACGUCGUCACCUUUUCGGAUGUGUGAAGGUACUCGUCGAAGUAGCACGUGUGGAUGUCAAUAUGAAAAACCAAUAUGGUUUAACUCCCCUGCAUUUUGCUGCAAAGUACGGAGAGGAUUAUGUGCCAACGUCCGAUGACCAGACCUCGGAAUUUCACCCAGUGUCUGCUACGGACGACGAUGAUGAUCCGAUGAUUGCUUAUCUGGUUCGGCAAGGUGCGAAAGUGGACGAAGUUGAUCAGAAUGGAUUGACCCCGUUGCAUUAUGCCGUCUGUAGGAACCGAUUGCAUGCGACAAAACAACUUUUGCUUGAGGGAGCCUCUUUGGAAUGCAAGGACUACGAAGGUAUGACUCCUUUGCUGAUGGCUGUCAAACAUCGCAGGGAGUUGAUUGUGCGUUUUUUGCUGGACUCGAACGCUGACUACAUGUGCACAGACAAGCGGCAAAACUGUGUGUCCGGGGACAAACAGUUAAUCCAAAAACUUACGCAGAAGCCCAGAGUAAUGGAGUUGUUGAAUCAGGGCAACAAGAAAGGCGAAACUCCGUUGCAUAUGGCCGUGCUCAGUCAGAACUACGAGGCGUGUGAAUUCUUGUUGGACAAAGGUGCUGAUAUUCAAAGGCGGAACUACAAGGAAGAGAGUGCAUUACAUUUAGCCGCGUGGGUAGCUGAUAUGGGUGUUUUACACCUGUUGAUUANCAGGUCCUGUUGGAAAAAUCAUGUGGAUAGUUUCGUUCAAACCCCACUCAUAUUGGCCGCCAAAUUUGGACGUUCAGAGGUUUGUGAACAGCUAAUAUACAAUGGGGCAAACAUUUUUGCGCAUGACAACAAUCUGAAUAAUGCGCUAUUUCAUGCAAUUCUGAACAAACAUCAUGACACAGUGAAGGUUUUAGUGGAUUCGGAAGAAGGACACCUUUUGCUGGAGAAAGAGGACUCGGGAAACAAUACUGCAUUGCUCUUGGCCGUACGCGUAGGCUGUUUUAAGACAGCCAAUUACUUACUGGAGAAGGACGCCAAUGUGUUUGCAGUGAACUCGUUUGAGCAUGGCGCUCUUCACGUGGCCGCUAUGCACGGUCGAUACAGAAUCGCUAUAGAACUUCUCAAAAGGAUACCAUGUGCGGCUUUUAAUGCGGAUGAGGAUGGAAAUUUACCGGCACAUUUGGCCGCCAAACACGGCUUUCCGCAACUGUUGCAGAAGUUAUUGGAACAGUCACACACGCUACAUGAGAGAAACGAAUUCGGCUGGACACCACUGAUGUGUGCGGCUGUGCACAACAGUUUCGACUGUGUCCGAUUACUAAUCAAAGAGGGAGCCAAGGUGAACACAAAAGACAAAUCCAAUAUGACUCCGUUGUUCGUAGCUUGUCAGAAAGGUUAUUUCACUGUGGCCAAGGAACUUCUGAGUCAUGGUGCUCUGCCGAGUAUUCGAGUGUUCAACACGCAUGCACUUUAUCCUGGUUGGAACGCCCUGGACAUUGCAGUACAUGAGCAUCAGUUGAAUUGUGUCCGUCUGAUUAUUGACAGUGAAUAUCGAGAGGCAGCGUUGAACAAUGUAACCGUGGAUUCAUUGGGCGUGCGUACAAAUCCACUUCGGCGAAUGAUCAGGAAUUUACCAGAGGCUGCGGAUUUCGUUAUGUCCGCUUUUGUUGAAACAAGCAAUCGUCCGCCAACCGCUAAAGACUUCAGUAUUAGCUUUGAUUUCCGUUUUUUGAAUGAUAAGAAUAUGCUACAGGAUUUCGACCCGGAUUUUGAUGAACGCGUUUCCACACGAUCCAGUGUAACAAGCAUCUCAGAAGAAGCAGAACCGGCGGCAAUGUCUAUGCUGAAGGAGCAUAAACCAGUUCCCAUUGAAGAAGAAAAAAUUUCCUGCGGUUUGAAAAGGUCUCGCACCAAGAAGCAAGAAACUAUGAUUGAGAUCAUGAUGAGUACUGGCCGGGAGGAGUUACUAUAUCAUCCGCUUGUCAUCGGCCUGUUGUCCUACAAGUGGGCAUAUUUGAAUUCGCUCUACUAUUUCCAUCUGCUGGCUUAUGUGAUUUUUCUCUCCUUGUUCACCGCGUUUAUGCUACUCACGGAUGCUCCGUAUCUGCUAAAAAAUGGCAACAUCACAACUAGCAAGGCUGUUUGUCUUCUCUUGGAAGAAGCCAAUCAGAAGGCCUAUCGGCAUCACAUUCUGAUCCCAAAGUAUGGAGCCAUGAUUCUGUCACUGAUGGGUUUUAUCCUCGAGGUACUAAAAAUUGCUCAAAAUCGUUUGAGCUAUUUCAUUGCGGAAAAUUGUUUGGCGGUCACCAUAUACGUGCUCUCCUUCUUGACCUUGAUUGAUACAAAUUUAUGCAUGUUACGCACAGGCUUGCGUGAGGACUGGCAAUGGACUUGCGGUACACUUAGCAUAUUUCUCGCCUGGCUCAGUCUGCUCUUAUUCUUUCGACGUGGACCGAUAUUUGGCAUAUUUGUGAUCAUGUUCGUCUCCGUGACCAUCACAUUUGCCAAAUUUUUCUGCGUAUUUUCUCCGUUCCUGAUUGCGUUUGGUCUGUCAUUUCACACCCUGCUUGCAAAUCAAAAUGCAUUUCGGACGGUGGAGAACUCCUUCAUGAAGACAAUGGCUAUGACCAUUGGGGAACUGGAGAUUGGCGAUGUGAGUUUCAAGGAAUGA